UAAAUGUGUUCAUGCACACACAUUGACGCACGGGCAAAGGUCUUGGAGGUUCUCGUGGCCGUCGGUCGACGCAGUUGCAUUGCCAACACCAUAACAGUAGUCAAAAUCCUGCGUUGAACAUUUCCCAAGUAAACUAUCGCUUUCGUUACAGAUUCUUAAAUAAUAAAACCCGCUGAACAAAGUUUGUAAAAAUGUCGUCCUCCCGUUGAGAUCGUCGGCACAUGCUGUGAGAAGCCGCAACAACAUCGUAUCGUCGUCAGUGAUAUGGUGAAUCAAGCCCGUCACAACAACGUACAAGUAUUAUUAUCGUGGACGACCAUUGGGAAGGCAGUGUGCAUCGAGCAAGUCUAAAAGUCGCAUUACACAUUAAGUGCAGUAUACAUGGCCAAGAGAUUCAAGAUGUCCCGAAAUCACAAGGACAAGUAUGAAAGCAGUAACCCACGUCGUACGCACACUAUCAUGACUCCAGAGGAAGCCGCCACUGGAAAGAAAUCUUUUUGGCCAGAAAUAGAGAUAACAGGCAGCGUUAGAAAUCUGAGCCCUCAUUUGUGGACGUUGACCCAUCUUACUGCAUUGUAUCUUAAUGAUAAUAGUUUACAAAGAAUACCUGCAGAGAUUGGCCGUUUGGUCAAUUUGAGAGUUCUUGAUCUCAGUAGCAACAAGUUGCGUAGUUUACCUGCAGAAUUAGGAGAACUCAUCUAUCUCAAAGAGCUGUUGCUGAAUCAGAAUUUUCUGCGAGUUUUACCUUAUGAAUUAGGGAAAUUAUUCCAGCUACAAAUACUUGGACUUCACGGGAAUCCACUUAGUAAGGAUGUAAUGGCCAUCUAUGGAGAACCACAGGGAACGCACAAACUGCUGUCAUACAUGUUGGACAACUUAUCAGUAACAGCAGGACAUCCACCUCAAAGACCCUGGAUACCUUUGACUAGACCAAAUCGGAUGAGGCCAACGUGUAUAUUCACCGUAAUGUGUUACAACGUGCUAAGUGAUAAGUAUGCCACGCGUCAAAUGUAUGGCUAUUGUCCGAGUUGGGCUUUAGAAUGGGAAUAUCGGAAAAAGGGGAUUCUUGACGAAAUUCGUCAUUACGCAGCCGACAUCAUCAGUCUACAGGAGGUUGAGACCGAUCAGUUUUACAAUUUCUUCUUGCCAGAGCUGAAAUGCGAUGGCUAUGACGGUAUAUUCUCGCCCAAAUCGAGGGCCAAGACAAUGGCUGAAAAUGACCGGAAGUUCGUCGAUGGGUGUGCAAUUUUUUUCCGCACCGCCAAGUUCACCUUGAUUAAGGAACAUCUCGUGGAAUUCAAUCAGCUUGCGAUGGCGAACGCGGAGGGUUCAGACAAUAUGCUCAAUCGCGUCAUGCCCAAGGACAACAUCGGCCUUGCAGCUCUUCUCCGCACUAACGAGGCUGCCUGGGAAAAUGCAAAUGCCACAACAGGUUUACCAACAGACCCUGCCCAAGUCCAUCAGAAUGUCCUCGUCUGCACGGCUCAUCUCCAUUGGGACCCGGAAUUCUGCGAUGUCAAGCUAAUUCAAACAAUGAUGCUAAGCAACGAGCUCAAAUCUAUACUCGAUCAAUCUGGCACGUCAUUGAGGCCUGGACACAAAUCAGACGCGUCUAAUGUUCAACUGUUACUCUGCGGCGAUUUCAAUUCAUUGCCCGACUCCGGUGUCAUCGAGUUUUUGACCUCCGGUCGCGUAGCGGCUGACCAUCGUGACUUCAAGGAGCUGACUUACAAAUCGAGCCUACAGAAAAUCUCGGGAUGCGAGCCUAAGACCAACGAAUUCACGCACUCGUUCAAACUCGCAUCUGCCUAUAGUGAGGAUAUAAUGCCUUAUACCAACUACACUUUUGAUUUUAAAGGAAUUAUUGAUUACAUUUUCUACUCGAAGCAAAGCAUGGUCCCUCUUGGUUUACUUGGUCCUCUGAGUGCAGAAUGGUUUAAAGAGCAUAAAAUCGUGGGUUGUCCUCAUCCUCACGUACCAUCAGAUCAUUUCCCACUCCUGGUAGAAAUAGAGAUGACGCCGACCUCUGGUGCAACCAACGGCAUGAUAUCUCGCAGGUAGCAGCCGCCACGCAAGAUAUCCAAAUAAACUUGUAUUUAAUUAUAAAUACAAUGAAUUGUACCUAACGACGAAUCAAGUAAAUGAAGAAAAUAAGAAGUUGAAGAUGCAUAUUACACAGAAGAUUAGAGCUACACUAAAGAAUAAUAUGUUUAAAAUAAUUGCAGUCAACUGAUCAUCAUUGUCAUAACGAAGUUACGAAGAUCAUCAUCAAGAUUCAACUAGUGCAACUUUGUUUUUUUAAUUUUUGGUGAACGAUAUAAUGAGAGCUUUAUCGUUUACGCAAAAAUACGCAUUCGAACAGCGUGUGUACGAGAAAGAUAAUUAAAAAGUACAGUCUCAAUUCGUGAUUCAGAUUGCGAAUGAGAAUCAUGCUCAUUAUAUCAUAAAAAAUAAUCAUUUAGUUGUCUGAGGUGUGAGUCGUAAUAGUAUUUUGUCUAAAAAAACUUGUGUAAUACGAAUUGGAUUAAAUGUUGCUGGCGAUUCUUAUGAGAAAAAUUAAGAAAAUUAUGGGGCACUACAAUAGGGGUAGUUAUAACGUCGACUUCUUUUAGUUUUCAGGCUCUCUGAAGUAUGAGUGUGUCGAAAAAUUAUUUUUAAUCGCAUGAAUACAUGUACACGUAAUUUUUUACACAUUCAUCAAUGCUCUAUCCAUUAGUUCGCAUUUAUACGUGAAUGAAAAAACAUGCAUACCGAAGAGAGCCAAGAGCGGAAGAAUGUAAGGUACAAUAUAAUGUAAAACAUUAAAAUCAACAUUGAGAGCCGACUAAUAAUCACCGCGUCAAAAACGUGUUAUUUAGGGAGAUUGUGUGACACUGAGCGAAAGUUUGCCGUAGCCCAUGUAUAGUGUAUUGCAUUUUUUUAAUGAAAAAAUAAUUAUAGAGAGAAAAAGGGACGAAGAGCGCACCUGAUGUUUGUGUGUACGUGUAAUUGAGCGAAUGUGUGUGUAAGAAUGAGAGGAAUAAAAAACUUCCCCCUUCCGAGUCACGUGUAAUAACUGUAGAUAAACGCCUAUUUUCCUAAUUAUAAUAAGCGCAAGGACGCAGGUGUGAUAAUAUAGAUAAAAUAUUCAACGUGACAAUGAGAGUGAAAGAGUGAUGGAGAUCGAGAGAAAUGGAUUAUUCCGAGCAAACCUCUGUGAUACGUUAAUAUCGAAAUUUAAAACAAAAAAGCAAAAAAAAAAAAAAAAAA